AUGAGCAGUGAAGAAAACUCGGAUAUCGAAAAUUCUGAAGAAACUCAAAACUACAAUGAGCUUCUCUUGGUUUUAAGUAAAAUUAAAAUAUAUGUCGAAAUGGUUGCUAAACGUCUUUCCGAGGAAUGUGCCGAGGAUAUCCCCACACUGCUUGAGGGUACAAAGUUACGGGACUAUCAGCGCAAAGGCUACAAAUGGAUAUUAACGUUAUAUGAAAAUGGAAUGAACGGAAUUUUGGCUGAUGAGAUGGGUCUCGGUAAAACUGUUCAGGUCAUAGCGGCGUUGGCUGCUCUCAUUGAAGCAGGUGUCACCGGUCCGUUCCUGAUUGUAGCCCCACUUUCUUUACUCUCAGUGUGGGCAGAUCAAUUGGCCACUUUCGCUCCUCGAAUUCCAUCUCUGAUCUACUACGGGGCAUUGAAUGAACGACUCAAAUUAAGAAGACGAGUUCGCAAGCGCGUACGUAUUUGUAUGUUAGACUCCGUACCGACCGUGAAUCGUGGUGUAAUAAAUGGGAAUACCCAGUCAGACAAUGCCACUCUUGAUCCAACCAGUGCAUCCGAUUGCAACGCGCAGAUAGCGUGUGAGCAGUAUUCUGCCACCGAUCCGUCAAGCAGUUUUUAUUCUCUAGCGAGCUACAAGUCAAUUGAAACGUGUGGUAUUUCAGAUCGAAUUGAAGAGCAAACGAUCGCUGAUCCAACCGAGAUCUCGAAGGCUUCAACUUCAGAAAUCGAUUCCCCAAACUUCGUCUCUAGCAUUUUAUCGUGUCCAAAAAACCCAUCCAACAGUUCGGAUGAUCUCCAGCCCCUAUCUGAUCCGCCACAUGGUAGUUCGAACAAUCUGACCAGUAGAUCAUUUCAAUCUACAGAUGAGCAUAAUAAGACUGCCCAGGUGGUUACUGAUAACUGCGAACGGUCAGAAGCACUGACUCAUUUGAAUGAAGUAAUUGAUGACGUCUUAUCUGAUCCUGAUCGGUGGUAUGAUUCCAAAUUAUGCAAUCUUUCCAAAUCAAACGACUGCACAAAUGACUCUACUUCAGAUCCCGGUUUAGCAGCAACAGUUAUUGAAGAAGAUUCCACUUCAUUUGAGGAGGAUGAAUCAAUGAAUACGGAGCUUGCGACCUCCGUGCCGCACCAGACUGUCAAUGCACGCGUGAAAGGCAGGUUCAAGGAGUUAAGGACAUAUGGGUUUUGGACAUGUCCUGUGGUGCUUACUUCGUACGAAGUGGCUGCGCGAGACGCUGUCUAUCUCAGAAAAAUCCCAUUCAAGUGUCUGAUCGUAGACGAGGGACAAAGAUUGAAAAAUCCGACAAGUAAACUUUACCGACGAUUGGCGAAAUUCAACACUGGUCUUCGUUUACUCCUAUCCGGCACACCGCUUCAAAACAGAAUAUCUGAAUUGUGGUCCCUACUGCAUUUUGUCCUACCGGAAGUGUUCACCUCGUUGGAGAUGUUUGAGAAUUGGUUUGAUCCAGCUGUACUCAGCGAUCGAGCUGGUUUGGAUCGUCUAGUUGCUGCCGAAAUGGAGCGCGCUCUGGUUACUAAAUUGCAUUGCAUUAUCAGUCCAUUUAUGCUUCGUCGCACAAAAGCCGAGAGCAAUCUGAUUCUGCCACCAAAACGUGAGAUCCUCUUACGAGUUGGUAUGACUGAGUUGCAAAAGGAGUUAUACGAGCAAGGGCUGACUCUGUGUCUGAACACUAAAUCGAACGAUCAAUCCACUCGAGGCUCAAAUCGUGCUCUCAGAUAUCAAGGGAGCAUCACGUGGCUAGACCCAGCCAAUAUCAUACCGGACAAAAAAUCACACACUACCAACAAAACCACACCAUCCCGUCCCUUGACAAGACUGCACAGUCAACAUUCAACUCAAAUAAGGGAAUCCGGGGAUGAAGCUGAGAGUCACAAUCUACGACCGGUCACCCGUUCGUUUACAAAGCUCGUGCCAGAAACAGAACAAAAAGCUUCAGAAAAAAUAGAUGAUAAUGUGGAAAUUACUCCCUCAACACAAAAGUGGAAGCAUUUAAUCUCUUCCCAAAUUAACAUAACCAAUGGAUUGAUGCUACUCAGACAAAUCGCCAAUCAUCCGUUCUUAGUACUCGACCCACCCAGUUCGGACUGUGAUAUGGGACUAGAGUCGGAGUUGGAUAUCAUUGAUGCGAGUGAAAAAACUAAACUUCUUGAUCGUUUGCUAACAAUGCUGAUCACAUCAGACCAUAAGGUGGACUACCAGUGUUCCAUCAACCCGGAUGUCCUCGUCCUCUCACUUUGGCGAGAAGCACCUCCGCCACGAGAAGACAUUGAGUAG